UAUCAGAGGCUCCCAGAGGUAUAUUUUUCAAUUGACGAAGCCACUGACAACAUCAAUCUACGUAACAGCUGUCACUGUGUAAUAACUUAAUUAGUUAAAUCUAUCUAGCUAAAAAGUAACUCUAGAACUUUCAAAAGGACAAUGAUGGCAAGGUAUCUAAGCAAAUAAAGAGGUACAUGCCCACAAACAUUGAUGAUUCACACAUAAAAACUCACUGCUUUUUGUAUAAUGUACAUCCGGGCAUUUGAGACUGGCAAAAUCACGUGAGAUGUCUCGGUGUCCACGCAACUUGCGACAACUCGUCUCCUCUAGUCGCCAGGAAGACGAUGAAUUUUUGAGAGAAAAGUUUGAAGUGUUGCGAUCUCUAGCUCAUGAUGAUCGUCAAGAGGCGGAUAUGCUGCGAUCUCGCAUUGACCAACAGUCAGAGCUCAUUGCCAUUCUCAGACAACGGUCUGAUCAGAGCUAUGAGCGCUAUGAAAGUGUCUUGGAUCUCGUAGCGGAAUUGAGCGAUGCCAAGGAGGCGUUGGAGCUCGAAGUAAGCAAGGAGAGAAAACAACGAGAAAUCAUUGAGCAGCGAUUCAAGAACUUGAAUGAGAAUCACGUUCAGUUGAUUUCUAUUAAGGACGAAUAUAAAUCAGAAAAUGACACUUUGAGGGGAAACAACGAACGACUAAAGCGAGAGAACGAGUCACUAUUCAAUGAGAUUGUUCAGGAAAAGGAGAGUCAACUGAGUGAGCUGCAAACCCGAUUGAGGGAAGAGACGGAAAGAUGCCAUCAUAUGGAAAAGAAACAAGGCGAAGUUGAGCAAAAAACAGAGACAAGAGUGAAACAAUUAGAGAAGACAAUCAAAGACUUAGACCUGGAGUUGUCAGAAACAAACAAGUCGUUGAUAGAUAAAACUAGAGUAGUUCAUGAAAGUAGCAAGAAAUUUCAAGAGCAACUGGAAAUGAAAGAUGCUGUCAUCAAACAACUUGAACGCGACAGAGAUCAGAUGACUGUCUUAUCAAUGGAAAGGGGAAAAGCAAUUGAGGAAUACCAACAGAGAGUAAGAAAACUUGAGGAUGAAAUACUAAAUCUAAGAAAAGAACUUGAAUCUUCUAAAGAACGAUUUCAGACAGAAAUGAACGAAGUUUCAAAAGAUGCCAGAAUCGUAUUAUUGACACAAAAUGUGACAGAAUUGGAGGAGAAACUUGAAGAAACAAAACGUGCAUACGAGGCAUACAAGAAACACACCUCUAUGUUGCUGGCAAAUGAGAAACAACUAAAUGCGAAGUUGAGAAAGUUUACCUUAUGAAAUAUAACCUUCAUGAGGCCAUAGUCUAUGAUCAUAUAUUUUCAAAUAUACAAGUGCUAUAUAUUACAUACAAUA